CGCUGGCGUCAGACGCUCAAGCGGUGUUUUCUGUUUUCAUAAAUGUGAAAUGUAAGUUUUUGAUAAACAUUUCUUGUUAAUAGUGCUGAUAAUGGUGAACAAACUGAAUAAAAACUUUUAUAACACAGUAUUAUGCCAAGCAAUUAGUCCUUGUGGCAACUACUUGGCUGUGGGUGAUAUUUAUGGAGUGGUUUCUGUUUUCCAUUUAUCAAGAGUAGUCCAAGCUGACAAUGAGGCUGCUAUUGCAAAAGAGGAAUUAGUGCCAAGGCUUCAAAUUGAAGUUAAGAAAGACUACCAAAUCAAUAGUCUUUUGACUGUUAAGUCACAUCUGUUAGUUGGAAGCAUAGGUAUUAUAUUAUUUCUUACACUAGUGGCCAAUGUAUUCUAAAAUAAUAUCUAUUGUUAGUUUAUGGAAAGUACAAAAUCAGUCUAUUCAAAUAUUUUGUCACUAUUUAUCUUUUUAUUACUAUAUCCUAAAUUAUCUCUAUAGGAAUAAUCUAUGCUUAUACCUGGAAAAAUAUCAAGUCAAGCAAAAAUGUUACUGUAGCCUGGUCUAUUGAUAUACCAAAUAAAAAAGACACAUUUGAAAAGACUGAAGUAAAUUGCUUGUUGUACAAUGAAGAAACUGGUCACAUUUAUGCUGCAUGUGAUAAAAACAUCUACAUUUUUGAUCUGGAAACUAGGAUAGUGGCAAAGGUUUUGGAGAAUCAUAUGGAUUACAUUCAUUCUCUACAUAUCAAUGGGAAUGACCUAAUAUCAGGAGGUGAGGAUGGUAUAGUAAAUAUAUGGGACUUAAGGUCUUGUAAGGUAUUAAAUAAGAUAGAGCCUUACAAAGAUAAGAAGCUAGUCAGAACAGAUGCGCAUUUGGGAAAAUGGAUAGGAGCAGUUGGUGGAAAUGAAGAUUAUAUUUUAUGCGGAGGAGGUCCAAGACUCUCUCUAUGGCACUACCGUUUCCUGAGUAACUUCACAGUUUUCCCGAUAGAGGACACUGGUAUCCACGUUGCUGAAAUCUACAACGACAAAAUUCUAGCAGGAGGCACGUCAAAAUUCUUCUAUCAAAUGACGUUUUCUGCCGAGAUCCUCUCAGAAAUUCCUACGACUGCAGUGACUACCUACAGUGCUGUGCAUCAGGAGGAACCUUAUAAAGUUCUGACUUUGGCGGGAAGUAGUGGAAAGAUUGACGUUUGUAAUUUCAUGUAUAAGAACCAACAGCUUAGUUUGUAUUGAGAUUGUAUUUAUAUAAUUUAGGGUUGAUAAAUCUUUGAUAGAAAU